AUGGAAAUUCCUACCACUAUUGACGAGAAAUGUUUAUAUGAAGGGAAGUAUAUGCAUUUUCAUGAGAAAACUGUAGAAAAAGCUGAUGGAUCAAGAAUAACAUGGGAAAUAGUAUGUAGGCCACCCCAUGGGUCGGUGAAACAAGGAGUAGACAUUAUCCCGAAGAUACUGAAAAAUGAUGAAUGGUUUUACAUUUUGACAUUGGAGUAUAGAUAUCCUGUUGAAGGCUAUGUUCUGAGCUUUCCCGGUGGGACUUCAAAUGAUAACGAGCAAAUAGAGCUUGGAGCACUUAGAGAGCUUAAAGAAGAAACUGGGUUCUCUGCAAGCCUUGGAGACAUUGCUGAAGAUUUUGCAAGGCCUCAAGUCUGAAUUGAUCCCUGGAAAAGCACUGAUUCCUCCCUGUUAAAUUGAAGCCCAAGGAUUGCUCUUUAAAGGAAUUUAAAAAUUAAAACUAUAAAUUGGGGUCAUUUAAUUUAUUUUAUGAAAAUUUAAUUUUAAUAAAAAUUGAUCCAGCAUUUAAUGUUUAAAGCAUUUUCUUGCACUCUAUCAAUUAAAUUUACUGCGUUGCACUAAUAUUGGAAGGGUCUCUACAUGUGGAAUAUUUUCAACAUGUGGAAACGUUCAUGUUGUGAAACUCUAUAUGUUGAAUUUUGGUUCGAUACAUGGAAAAUAAUCCACGCGUGGAGACCCUCCCUAUAUAGUGCAAUGCACUAUAGGUCAAAAUUAUUUAUAUAAAAUUUACUAUUUUUGACUCAUUAAAAAUAAAAUUUUAAUUAAAUUUCACUUACCCAAACAAUCGAAAUUUAGCCCAUAUUUCAUACAGAUUUAAGGGGGAGUGAGAAAACAAUGUAUGUAGAAGUAACUGUAAAUGGAGAUCUUGAAGAAAAUAAAGACCCUCAACAAGAGCUGGACCUUUGCGAAAUUAUUGAUGUUGUAUUUGCAAAAACAGACCAGCUUCUAGAAGAAAUUAAAAAAAUUCAAGAAGAGAGACAGUGUAUGGUAGACUCAAGGCUGUAUUCAUUCGCUUUAGGACUUUCAUUGAAUAUCUAG